AUGGUUCAUUUCAAGAACAGGUACAUGGUGAUGGAGGUCUUCAUCGACGCUAGCAGAGGAGAGGCUGAUCCUGUCAUCCUCACCCAGUUCAACAUAACCAAAGUGAUCAGAGACAGCAUCCAGCUCAAUUUUGGGGAAUGCGGCCUAGCUGCAUCUCUUGGAUCAUUGCAAGUGAAGUAUGUAAAUCCUGUGACGAAGCUUUGCGUAAUCCGAGUGUCGCGUGAAGAUCACCAGAAAGUGUGGGCUGCUAUCACAAUGGUGAGGAGCAUUGGGAAGAUCCCAGUGUCGUUCAACCUCUUGGAUGUGAGUGGAAGUAUCAGGGCCUGCAAGAAAGCAGCGCUGGAGUGCGAAGAAGCGAAGUUUGAGCAGUACAAGCUGGCUGCUGGUGACCGUAUGACGCAGGAGAUUAUCGAAUCCAUGCAGAGUUGCUUUGCCAAACUUAAAGGAUUAGAUAGUUAG